AUGAAUGGUGAUGAAUCACUGGACCAAGAUAUGGGGGACCCUUUCACGCUGGUGACUUACAAGAAGAAUAGGCCUCAAGGCAUCCCUGUAUUGUUUAAGCCAGUUGAUUCUGGAAAGUCGUUUUGGAAGGUCAAUCCCAACGUGGUAGCGAAGACUAUUCGCUCUGCGGCCCAGGAAUCAAUUCUCCGUCAUCGUGUCAACGCUGAUGGCUCCAUGUGUGUCUUCGUCCAGACGGAAGGGGCAGUGUCUAAUCUCAUGACCCUUAGUGAAGUGGCUGGGGUGGCAGUUACUGUCACCAUCCCCUCCUCAUACGUUAAUAACAUGGGGAAAAUAUAUGACGUCCCACUGGAGUAUACCGACGAGGAACUCACUUCGUAUUUGGGAGAGGAUGGCGUCAUAGCCGCUUGGCGUCAAGUGCGGCAUGUCUCUCAUGAAGAUGGGUCGGACCAGUACACCCCCCUUCGAAAUGUCAUAUUGACCUUCAAGUCCAACAGAAGGAUACCUGAGGAAGUUAAGUUUGGCUUUUCAACGCAUAAGGUGCAUGAGUAUGUGGAAAGUCCAGUGCAAUGCUAUCACUGCCAGAGGUUCGGUCAUCUUGCUCGAAGCUGUCGAUGGCCACUACGGUGCAAGUUUUGCUCUCAGCCGCACACACUCAAGGAAUGUACAGCGCGGCGCCAACCGGAAUGUGCAAACUGCGAGGGACCGCAUGCUGCUUCGCAUUCUUUAUGUCCCCGGAAGAGGGCAGCUACAAGGCGCUUUCAGGCUCGUGUUUUGACCAACACCCCUUCCCCUGGGUUCAGGAAGGCACGACGUAGUGCACAAACGGACGGAGGUUCAACUUUAGGUCUCCAGGCGGCCAAAAGUGAUGGUCGACCACAAACUACUGCGAGAUCCCAAAGGGCACCUCAGCAGGUCUCAAAACCAACAGUCAAAACCCCAAACCACAAGCAUUUAAGCCUCAACCGAGUAGGCAUGUGCGGCUGCUAG